AUGUUAAUUAAAUUAGCAAUUAUAAAGAGUUAUAUUGUGCUUUUAGUUAUCUAAUUGAUCGCUAAAGCAUAAAAUACAUGUGUAGAAGGAUGCUCAAGUUGUAGUAACAGCAAUAACUAAAAUAUCUGCACUAAAUGUUUAGAUGGUUACUAGCUUGAUUCAAAUAAUAAUCUUUGCGUAUAUACUAAAUGUAGUAGCAAUUUAUUUUAUGAUAGGAAUAUACAUGACAUUGGGAAUAUAGAUAAUGAGUGUGUAGCUAUCUGUAGCCCUUUUAGCUAUAAAAAUUAUCAAAAUAAUUUAUGCUAAAGCAAAUUACAGUGUUCUAUAUAAAAACCCUCAUAGCUAUUCAUGAAAGACAAUACUAUAACAAAAGACUUCUUUAUAUAUCAAGAUAAUUAUUAUGUAAUUUAGAAAGAAAAUUAUCUCUCUGUUUAUGAUAGAAAUGACCUCAAUCUAGUAAAAAGUAAUGAUAAUUCUAUAUCAUAUUGGGAUAUUAAAAAUGAGUCAAGAAAUUCAAAAACAUACCUAAAAAAUAUUUCCUUUAACUAAUUCACAGAAAUCGCUUCAAUUGAUAAUCACUAUGGCCUGAUUUAUAAUAUUUACUCCUAAAAAGAAUCUGAAUUUUAGAUAUUUUAUGAUCAACUGAAUUAAGUUUUUUCUUAAUCUAAUUCUUUCAAAUUAAAUGUUAAUGCACAAAAAAUCAAAUUUAUUGAUUAAUGGAUGUUUAUACAGAAUUUAAAUAGUAUUAUUGUGUAUAAAAUAAUUGUAACUAAUAACAACGAUAGCUUAAAUUUACAAAUUGAAAAUCAUUUUACUUUUAAAUCUUAGUAAAAUAAGAACUAUUUUGAUACACUGUCUAUAUCUUAGUUUGGAAUCUACGUUUUAGUUUAAGACGAUUCUGCUAGUUUAGUUAACCUAAAUGAUAAUUCAUUUUAACCUGUUUAAAUAUAAAUGAACGACUAAUAAGAAAUUCAAAAAGGUAGAAUAUUUUAAGCUUCAGAUACUGAUUUGAACACAUAUCUAAUAAUUUAAAGUGAAUAAUAAUUGAUAUACACUAAUCUACAAACAAAUUCUUCAAAUAUAAUUUAAGAAAUUGAUUCUUUAACAGACUUUGAGGUGUGUGAUUUUAUGGAUAAAGAAAAGAAAAUAGUUGUGCUUGACUCAAAUAUCAAUUUGUCAUUUUUUUACUUCGAUUAAAAUCAAAAAGAAUUUAUUGAAUCAACUUAAAAAUUUACUUUGAAGUAUAAUACAAAUUAUUUAUAUCUAGUAAAAUACCAAAAUUAAAUUUCACCUUAAAAAGAAUUUGUUUACGAGUUGAUUGCUUUAAACAAUGAUUACAUUUAAAUAGUCAAAAAAAGUGAUAGUUUGAUAAAGCACGAAAAAUAAUUAAUUCAAAUCAAUUUAAUUAUCAAUUUUAAUCUAGCCUUUCCAUCUGUUGAUUAUUCAAUUAUUAGUAAAAUAGUAUUAAGUUACUAGCCGCCUAUUGCCAUUUAAUUAAAUUAAUAAGGUGGCAUUAAUUUUUAUGAUUAUUCAUAAGAGACCAAAUGUGUUUUAUAAAAGUAAUUAAAAUUGGGUUUUAGUUUUGGAUUUAAAUCCAUUCAAAAAUUUUACAAUGAUAAAAUAAUCAUUUAUGAUAAUAAAGGAUAUAUAAUUGACAUUUAUAAAAAAAAUAUUUUGAACGUUUUUAAAGCUUAAAAUUAACAAUACACCACUAAUAAUGAUAUGUUAGCAAUGAUUUUUUAGGACUGUUUAAUAAUUUAAUCCUCUAACUUAUAAAAUGUGUUUAAGAAUUGUUAAAUAGAUUUUAUCAGUAGAGAUAUUAACAUCUACUUGAACAAAGAUUUAAAAAUUAUGGCAUAAAAUGAAUAUGAAGAAAAAGUUUCAGUAUACUAAAUAAAUUUAAAAGAUUAAACCAUUUAGCUUCUAAACACUAUAAAUAACAUAACCUAUUUCUAAAUAAUAAAAAAAUUUUAUUCUUUGACUGAUAAAAUAAAUAACAAUUUUUCUCUCGAAUAAAUACUAACCAUAGAUGAAAAUAAUAAUUUUAGAAUUUACGACUUCAGUUUAUCUUUGAUAUAUGAAAUGAAAUCCCUUACUAUUACAGGAGUUACAACAAUAUAUUUAGUAGUGAAUGAUAAUUAAAUGUAUGUUUUAGAAGGGAACUAAGGGAUACUUUUUAUUAACAUUACAGAUAAUUCCUCAUGUAUAAUCCAAUUAGGAUAUAAACUUGGUCAAACAGAGUUUUAAAAAAAAGUAAACGAAUAUGGGAAAACUUAUUAUUGGGCAUACGUAAUGCAAGCUACUCAGAUGUUUGAAUACGCGUUUGAUCUACAAAAAUAAAUUGUGAUUGAAACAGGCUUUUAUUACUUUAACACCAUAAGUUAUUUAUCAGUAUAUGUUUAGAACUUAAAAAGCACUACUUAAAUGAGUACUUAUCAAAAUGAAGAUUUUGAUAAAGUUUUAUCCUCUUAUGUUUAAAAAUAUAAACGCUAUCAAUUUACAUCUCGUAUGGUUUAUUAAUAAUCUCUUUAUAGCUAAAAAUUUGGAAAGUUAUUUGUUAUAUUUGAUAGUAAAUUAGUAUCUUUUGACAUUUACACUGGUUCACAAGAAAUUUUAUCUACUCUUGAAGCAAGUAUUUACGAUGUUUCUAUGAAAUUAUAUGAUGAGUUCUUAUUAUACUAUAGUAGUGAAUAUGAAAACUAUUUUAUAAUUCUGAUUAAUUUAUCUACAAAUGAAAAAUUUUUAAAAAAAUUGGAGCAUGCAAUAAAGAAUAUUUUUUACAGUAAAGAUGAUAAUCUGAUAUACUUGUACAAUAAUAUUUAAUUUGAUAUUCUAGAUACUAAACUCAUUUUUGUUUAGAGUAUAUUCAACGAUUUUUAACUAAAAAAUAUUAAUUUGGAGUGUUUUGCCUUUAAAUAUCAAAUUUCAUGCCUAAGUUAAUCAUCUACUACCAGUAAUAACUCAUUUCUUUUAGUAUAUGAUAAAGUGUUUAAAGUCUCUAAAAAAGUUAAAUUUGAAGAUUCUUAAUUUACUGUUUCUCUUUUUGAUGAACAAUAUAAUCAUAUUUAUAUCUAUAGCUCAGAUCAUUAAAAUUUAAAAAUCUAUGCUACUGAUGGAAUUUUAAUAUAAACAGUCAAUAAUAUUUAACAAGGAUGUCUUUUUUUUACAUCUAAAGCAGUAUGUAGAUCCUAAAAAAGUUUAAUUAUAGUUGACAAGAAUACUUUAGCUUUAAAUGAGUAUUAGUUUGAAAAAAUGGAUUCUAAUGCUUUUUAACAAAUGGUUUAUAUUGAUUACUUAAAUUAUUUGCUUAUUUAGAAUCCUUUAGGUAAGUAAAUUUCUGUAUAUGAUAUUUCUGCUUAAAGAUAUAUUUUUGAUAUAUAAGUUAAAUAAAAUGAAGUAAAUAACAAUUAUAUUUCUUUCUUUGAGUUUUAUGAAAAUUUAAGCAAUUACGUGAUAUUUUUAGACUAAAUGGGUACAUUGUAUAUUUCUUCUUUACGCAACAAACCUUCAUUUCAAACUUACAUUAAUGUUAUCUAAGAUUUUUAGAGAGAAAAGGGUUUUAGAAUAAUUCAAUAUGAUAGUUUAUCAAAUGAUAUUUAUCUUAAUUAUGAUGGUUAUAUAUAUAAAUUAGAUCUUAAUUAAUUAGGAAUAGAACGUGACCCAUAAUUAAAUGAGCCGUAUACUUUGUAUACCUAAAUAUAAAGAGAUAACUAACAGACAGAUUAUUUGAUUUUAAGUUAAGAUAGCCUUAUAUUUAGAUAUUCUUAGCAGAAGAUAAAAUUUGAGUUAUCCAUAUUAAUGAGUUCAAGAAUUUUAGAUAUAAAAUACAAUUAAAGUGAUGAUGUUUUAACAUUAGGUUUAGAAAAUUCAAUUUUAUUUUAUUAAUAGUAUCAAUCUUGCAAAAAUAGUAAUACAGAUCCUGAUAUUUAUUAGCUAGACAAUAUCCAAUUCUAGCAGUUUAUAAUUGAUAGUAUUGUAAUUACUAGUGAUUAAAAAAUAUUGCAUUUAGAUUUAAAAGCAGGUGUUAUCACGAAAACGAUUUAAUUUAAUUUGACUCAAACAGUGACUUAAUUUAAUGUAAAUAAGAAGCAAGAUUUGAUCAUUGUAGGAUUUAGUGAUGGUUAGGUGCUUUAAUAUAAUUUAACAAGCUAAGAUUAUUUUUUAUAUGACACAAUAAAAGAGGUUUCUCUUAAAAUUUCAAUUAUUGUCAUUUAAUUGAUUGAAAUCUCUGAUAGUAAAUUGUUAGCUUAUAUUGUUUCAAAUGGUGCUCUUCUUCUUUAAAUUGAUGUGUUGAAAUAAUAAGUUAUUAAAUAAAUAGACUUAAGAAGUCUGGUUGAUGAAGAUCCUAGCAUUAGCUUGUCAAAAUUCUUAAUUGAUCAAAAUUAUCAAAGAUAUUUAUUUUGCUUUAAUGGAUAGAAAAAAGUAUAUAUUUGGAAUUAUUCAAAAAAUGAAUAAGAGCGAAAUUUAUCUUUACCUAAAAUGGAAUCUAACUUGAGAAUAGAAUAAAAUUUCCUAAUUAUUUAGUGCAUUUUUUAAAUUAAUUUGUAUCAACUCAAUAAAAAAAUUGAAUUUGUUGCAUCAAUUAAAAAAGAUUUCACUUAAGAUAGUAUUUUGGAUUUCAAGCUAUUUAACAAUAAAACUAUUGCAAUAUUUUUAAUAGAUAGAUUCGAGCUAUUUAUUAUUAAUGGAGAUAAGUUCAAUAUGAUAACUUAGAUUAGUUAUUAAUACUCUCGAUUAUUAAAUUAUUCAAUCGAUUCUCAGAAAAAUGUACUUAGCAUAUUAGGAUUACAUUAAGCUGGAGUUUUUGAAAAUAAAUACAAUUUAGAUAUUUACAAAUCAGAAACAGUUUCAGAAUGCUUUUUUUUUAGCUCUAGUAAGGAAUAUUAAAAUAUUAUAGAAGAAUAAACAUAUGUUGCUCCUAAAUAAAAGGAAAUUUAGACAAUAAAUGGAGUUUCUUUAGUUAAUUAAGAAAAUUAGUUUAUCUACUUCUACUUGCAAAUACCAAGUGAUAAUAUAUAGAAUUUAUUUUUAUAAACAUCCUCAAUAUCAAAUAGUCAACAAGUCAUGGCACCUUAUGAUAUCUAAAAUAAUUUUAUAGCUCUUUAAAAUACUACCUUUUAAAAUCUAAGCUAAUCUACUUUACAAUUUACUAAUUUUAGUUUAACAUUCUAAAAUAGUACAAAUUUAUUUAUCAACAUUACCUAAAACAAAAAAACUUAGUAAGUUAUUUUUUAAAAUAUGGCUAUAGACUUUGAGUGUUUUGGUUCACUUUUAUUAAUUAAAUCUAAUGAAGUUAUAAUCGAAAAAGGUUAUUUUAAAUUUAACACAGCAUAAAAUGGAGGAGCUAUUUAUUUUUAAUCAAUCCUGAAAAAGAUAGAGUUUAAAAAAUCUCUAUUCUAACAAAAUACUGCAAAAAGCAGCGGAGGAGCUUUAUUUCUUGAAAACAUUGCAAAUUGUUUAGUUUUAUUUGAUUCUCAGACAAUAAUUAAAAAUAAUAGAGCAUUUAUUGGAGGAGGAUUAAGGAUAGUUUAGACUGAUUAAAAAAAGCUUUUGUUACCUUAAAACUUUCCAUUUUCCAAAAAUAUAUUCGAUAACGUAGCAGAGAUAUAUGGUGAUGAUAGUACAUCUUAUCUUUAAAACAUAAUUAUUCAAAACAAUGAUUAUACCAAUGAGGAAUUAUUCAUAUUUUACAAAGAUUAAAGUAAUGUACCUAAAAAGUUUUAAAAUGACUUCUCAAGAUAUGCUGAAAUGAGAUAAUUCAGAAGUGGAGGCUUAAUUAACUUUAAAAUGUAUAUUGUAGAUGAAUAAAAUAGAUAUCUGAGCUUCUCAAAAGAUAAGCUAGAACAAGCUAAAUUCUAGUGA